CAAAAGCGAACGGCCUCUCCGGAGGAGAGAGAUUGAUUGAUUGGUGACAGGAGGAGGAGGAGGAGGCGGCGGCGCGGCUGCAUUAGCAGCAGAAGCGUGUCUGCGAACCAAGAGCCGGAGUUUCCUCGAUCUUCCUCCGCGGCUGCCUCCUUGAUCCGGAGUGACGGUCCAAGAGGACAGCGCAGCUGCUGCAGGCAACGUGGCGGGUGUUUCUCCGCAGAGGCGGAUCAGGCUCGUGGCUGGUGGCUGGCUAAAGAGGCAGGGCAGAUAUCCUCCAGGUUUACCUCGACGAAAAGCUAUCGGGGAGCCCCCCAUAUACCCCAUUUGGAUUUUUUAAUUGUGUGACAUUAAAACAGUCGAAACAGAAAAGGAGCGGCAGGAGCUCCACAGAUGCAGUCCAAAGAGAUCAUUUAUAAAAAGCUCCCCCUGCUCACAGCUGCAGACCAGGCCCCUGUGAAAAAGCAGGUGAGACUUUGGAGAGGAAGAGUGAGUAGGGACCCAGAAGAGAAAUUAUGGGUGAUGCCUGAUGGGGAAACACAGACUAGAAACUGGAGCACAAUUUAAGAAGAGUAAUUGAUAACCUGCUUGUCAGCAAAGAGUCCAAAAAAUAGUGGAGAACGUAAGAGAAAGGAGUCUGUGCCCUCAGCGUAGCAAAAGCUUCACUUCUGAACCAAGCUUUAAAUCUCAGUAGGAAAUGCAAGAAGACGAGAAAUUAUAUGCAUGUUUGAAAUGUGGAAAAUGCUUCACAACGAGUGAAAAACUCACUUUACACCGCGGAACCCACACGGGGGGGAAACCAUUUAAAUGCUUGGAGUGCGGAAAGAGCUUCAAUGCACGUGCAGAUCUUACUGUACACAGCAAAAUCCACACUGGGGAAAAACCACAUAAAUGCUUGGAGUGUGGGAAGAGCUUUAAUAGGAGUGGAAACCUUACUGUCCACCUUAGAACCCACACUGGAGAGAAACCAUAUAAAUGCUUGGAGUGCGGAAGGAGCUUCAGAGGGAGUGGACAGCUUACUGUACACCAAAGAACUCACACUGGAGAAAAACCAUAUAAAUGCUUGGAGUGCGGAAGGAGCUUCCGCGCACGUGGAGAUCUUACUGUACACCAUAGAAUCCACACUGGGGAGAAACCACAUAAAUGCUUGGAGUGUGGAAAGGGCUUCAAUAGGAGUGGGAGCCUUACUUUACACUACAGAACCCACACUGGGGAGAGGCCAUAUAAAUGUUUGGAGUGUGGAAAGAGCUUCAUCCAGAGUUCAGAACUUACUAUACACAAUAGAACCCACACUGGGGAGACACCACAUAAAUGCUUGGAGUGUGGAAAAAACUUCAGCCGGAGUUCCUUACUUACUUUACACCAAAGAACCCACACUGGGGAAAGACCACAUCAGUGUUGGGAUUGCGGAAAGAGCUUCACCCGGCGUGAAUACCUUACUGUACACCUUAUAACUCACACUGGGGAGAAACCGCAUACAUGCGUGGAGUGUGGAAAGAGCUUCAGGCUGAGUGAAACACUUGAUAAAUACCAUAGAACCAACUUGGGGGAGAAAGCACAUAAAUGCCUGGAGUGUGGAAAGUGCUACGCCUACGCAGGACAUCUUGUUAUACACCAGAGAACCCACACUGGAGAGGAACCACAUAAAUGUUUGGAGUGUGGAAAGAGCUUCGGCACGAGUGAAGCUCUGAAUAAACACCUUAGAACCCACACUGGGGAGAAACCACAUAAACCAUAUAAAUGCUUUGACUGCGAAAGGCGCUUCAGCCAGAGUGGAAACCUUGCAUAGAAACCACACUGGAAGAAGGAAGGAACACCUUACUGCACAUGCGCAAAUUCAAAAAGUGUAGACUGAACUCAUGAAACUGCAGACAAGAUGGAGAAUCUCCCUCAUUUUAAGAAAUAGAAACCCUUGUGAGAUUUCUUCUUCGGAUGUGCCUUCCUUCCCUCUGAGGAAGGCUCUUCACACGAUUAGUGUGAAGAGCUGUAAGGGGGUUUUCGGGGAGAGGGGGCUUAGCCCGCUCUCCCCACAGACGAUCAAAAGGCUGCCAACAUGACUGCCGGCUCCGUCACGGAGCCAGCGGGCGCUGCGUGGAUUGAGCUAUUUAAUUAUUUUUUAAAAACCAAAAAACACCAGGGGUGGAAAUUAUAUACCUGUAGCCAGUAGCUUUUUUGAGGCCAAAAUACUAGCAUAGCAACUUUAUGGAGCUAAACCUCAGCCAUAUUCAGAUUUCCCCCCUCGGAAUGAAUGCAUUCGUAACUUUUAAGAGGAAUAUUUCAAGUUGCUAAAGUCAUCACCAAUGUAAUUUUAAUACUGGAAGCUGGAAUUUUAAAGGAGGAAACCAAAAUUUGGCUUUCAGUAUUUAAGUUUUGGUUAAAACCUAACCACCUCCCAAGUGGUUUGACCCCUUUGAUCAUAUCUCUUCUUAUAGUAAGACUUCAUACAGUAAUUUUUUUUUUUGCUAUUCACUAUAUUAAGAGAGAUGGAGCUGGGGUCACAGGUUUGCAGCUCCUGCUCUGUCGGUUCAUUUUUGAGGGUGAUGAAAUGUCCUGGUUUGGUUUUGCAGGGAAAGGGAGGUUUGCUUGUUUUGGCCAUGGUUUGAAAAAGAGAGGAAAUCUGAGUCAUGCUGAUGGGGUAUUUUCCAAAAUAUAGGACGGACAUUAUGUAUAUAUAGGAGGCUGCUUUUAGCAGAGGAGAAUUCAGUUGACGAGACCUGUUGAAUAGCUGGAGGAGAGUUUUUGUUCAGUAGAAGAACCAGUAAGAGCACAAAUUAUUGGGAAAGGAGUUCAGGCAGAAGAACUGAAGGCUUGCUGGCACAGCCUGAGAGAGGAUCAGAACUGCGGCAAAAGAGAGCAAAGAAAUCACUGGCAGAGAGCAGUGACUCUCCGGAGAGCUGAAAACACUCAACAGUGUGGGGGAAAGACCCCGUCUGGGCUGAACCUCAGAACUGUGAAGAAGAACGGGAGCUGAGGCUGAACAAAGAGAAAACCAGGGUUGCUGAAAAGCAGAAGUGAUGGCAAGGGACUCUGCAUUAGUGCAAAGUGAGAGUCAGGCCAGUUGGAUGUGUUUUGAUCACAUCCUAUUUGUUUCUUAUGCUCUUUUGGUUGUUGGUCUUUCUUUCUUUCUUUCUUUCUUUCUUUCUUUCUUUCUUUCUUUCUUUCUUUCUUUCUUUCUUUCUUUCUUUCUUUCUACUAAAGUUUAAAAGCAACUAUUGAUUUAAAGUGAAUUAAUCGCAAAGUAAAAUUACUUGUUUGUCUUCAAAGACAAAUUGUAA